GUCAGCGUGGUUUGUUAUUCUUUAACAGUGUGUUUGUCAGUAUUUUUAUAUCUUGUUGUGCUAAAUAAUAAAUUUUAUAAGAUGCCGAAAUGUGUCGUCAAAAUCGACGCAAAAAAAAUGAAAAUAAAAUUGAAAUUAAAAAAAAUCCAGGAAAAAGUUCAACAGAACGUAGUCGCGAGUUUCGUGCGCGAAAAAAACAAUUAUUGAACAAUCAAAAUAGAUGUUCAAAUAUAAGUGUUAAUGUGACUGGUGUAAUAAAUGACCACUCUCAGCAACAAAAUAGUGUUCCAAUGGGAUAUAAUUUAGUAAAUAAUGAUUAUAACCCUCCAGUAGAUGUACAGCCAGAAAUUCCAUAUUCACGGUUUCAUCAAGAUAAGUUUGCUCAUAAAGAAUUUAACCACAAGUUUUUAAACAAUAUGUUUGGUCAUAAGUGCUCCGUUUGUGAUCGAUUGUGGUUUCGAUUAGAUUUAAAAUCACCACGUGCUGAAGAUGAACAAUUAUUAAGUGUAAUAGUUGAAAAUUAUAAUACAGUUGAAGAUAUUUUACUGUGCAACACGUGUUACCAAGCCAUUGGGAGGAAAGUGAUUCCUACAAUGUCUACUUAUAACGGUUUUAAAUAUGAAACGACACCUGACGUUUUACCACCGCUUGACUUAAUUUCUGAAAGACUUGUUUCACCACGAGUUCCAUUUAUGCAAAUUAGACGGUUACGACAUGUUCAUGGGCAAUAUGGAAUUUAUGGA